UGCCCUUGUCUGCUGCUCCUGCGGCCGUUGGUGGAACACUGGUGGAGCAGCACUGGAGCAGCAGCUGCAGCAUCUGCUCCUGGCUGUCCCUCAGCAGCCACCUUCUGCACUCAGCGCCAUAGCUGGCCUCUGCAGCGACAUCCUCAUCUCCUCGUCUGCCGCCAGGCAUCCCCACAGCACUUUGGCACUGUGCAAGGUGGAAAGGAGAAGCACAAUGAAAAGGAAAGUGAGAGCCCACACUGAGCCACACAUCAAUGUUGGCAGUGACUUUCAGGCUGAGCUCCCUGAGCUGCAGACCGGGCCGCCAAGUGAGGCUGAAGAGCCUGCAACCCUGGUCUGGAAGCCCUUGGAGGAAGACGACCCUGACCUGGAUAAACCGGACAGAGGAGGCUCUGGAGAUGUUGCUCUCGGGGGGGCCUUCAACAGCUCAAGGCCAUCCCUUGGCUGAUUAUCAUUACGCAGGCUCUGAUAGAUGGACACCUGAGGAGAAGGAGGCCUUCCAAAAGGCUUUCCACACCUACGGCAAGGAUUUCCAUCUCAUCCAGAAGCAGAUCCCGAGUAAGACCGUGGCACAGUGUGUGGAAUACUACUACUGCUGGAAAAAAGAGCAGAAACUUGCCAGCAGCACUCUUGCUCAGGGAGUUUGAAACAAUCAAGGAGAGGAACAAGCACAGAAGAAGACAUCGCCCACACAAGGAUGCACAGCCUCUCCCCAAGAAGAAAAGGCCAAAUUAGCCCUGCAUUUGCCCCAGGCUAGCAAGAGUUAGGCGUCAAGAGGAUAGAUAGAAAUAAGAUUGUUUUUCAAGUUUUUAGGAUUGUUUAUUCUUCUAUUAGUUUACAUGAUAGUAAUCUCUCUGUUUAUUAGCUAAGAUAUAUAAGUAUUAUUCAAGAUGUAUCAGUAGUGUUAGAUUUAGCAAUAAAUGUAACAGGUUUGGUGUUUCUAUGCUUCAACUUUUCACAUUUUGUCUUUGUUGAGACACAAUCUGUUUUUAUCAUUAAACCAAAGUUUGCUCCA